AUGUACAAGCGACUCAACAUGGGGCCCUAUGGCGCACAUCUUUCUGCGGAGCAAGUGAAUACCUUCAUUGCCCCUUUGGAUGAGACAAUAGCAAAGCUACACUCAUGGCUAGAAUCCCAUGGCAUCGGCCAAAAACAGCUGCAAUACAGCCCAGCAAGGGAUUGGAUCAGCAUACCAAAUAUCACAGUUUCGGUGGCAGAGUCUCUUCUCAAGACCAACUAUCAUGUCUAUCGCCGCGAGGGCCAGGACGUCGUUCGGUCACAAGAAUGGUCUCUGCCGUCUGGCCUCCACGACAUCAUCGAUCUGAUUUAUCCUACCAAUUCUUUCUUUGGCAUCCGAACUAGAGAUGCCACCAAAGGGAAAUCUUCGAAAAGCUCCACGGGGACUAUGAGUGACUAUGCUGAAGAUAUUCAUAAUGGUUUCGCGAUUCUUAACGGAAUCGAUAUGGCCAACCCUCCUUUGAAUUUGACCACUGCGCAGGCUUGCAACAUAACCGCCAUUACGCCCUUGUGUCUACGCAUUCUAUAUGGGACCUUGAACUACACAGCACGAGCCACUCACAAAAACAAGAUGGCGCUAUGCAAUUUCUCCGGCGAAUUUAACAACCGAACGGACGCCGAACGCUUCCUAGAGAUCUAUCGCCCCGACGCCGCAGCCGCUGCCGAUGAAUUCGGCAUCGUAGAGAUUGCCGGUGGCAUCAAUCGUCAGUCUCAGUCUACUCAAGAAGAGCUGGACAAAGGUGCCGGCAAAGAGGGCGGCUUGGACGCGCAAGUUCUCCUGGGGAUUGGCCAUCCGACGCCCAUGGUCACUUACACCACGGGUGGCCCGCUGCCACCUUUUGCGGCCGAUACGUCUGCCCCCGACAAUGACAAUGAGCCGUUUUUGCUCCUCAUCAACUGGUUGCUCGCGCAAAAAGACCUGCCAACGGUACUGAGCAUCUCCUACGCCGAUACCGAGUACACAGUGCCGCCGUCCUACGCCCGGCGCGUCUGCCAGGGCUUCGCACAGCUCGGCGCCCGGGGCGUCAGCGUGAUCUUUGGCUCCGGCGACUGGGGCGUCGGAAACCCCACGCAGUGCCACAACAAGGCCGGCCACCAUCGCUUUGCGGCGCGCUUCCCGGAUAGCUGCCCGUACAUAACUUCGGUGGCGGCGACGCGCGGCAUUCAUCCCCAGGUGGUGGCCUAUAAUGAGAACAACCAUUUUGUAAGUGGUGGCGGCUUCAGCGAAUACUUUGCCCGGCCCAGGUACCAAGAAAAAGCCGUUUCUCAGUACUUGGGCAAGUUGGGCAACCAGCACAAGGGACUGUACAAUGCACAGGGGAGGGCUUAUCCUGAUGUGGCAGCAAUGGGAUAUCGCAUCGUCACAGUCUGGAACGGACAGCCCAAGAUUGUGGACGGUACCAGCGCAUCGGCGCCAAUUUUUGCGGGUGUCGUCGCUUUGCUCAACGACGCACGCUUGGCGCAAGGAAAAUCGGCACUCGGCUUUUUGAACCCUUGGAUAUACUCGGUGGAAUCGGAAGGUGGCUUUACGGAUAUUGUAAACGGAAGCACUGCUGGCUGCAAUACUACAGGAUUUCCAGCGGCUCGAGGCUGGGACGUGGCCAGUGGAUUCGGCACACCAUGGUUUCCAAGGCUAAAAGAAUUGGUGACACGCGGUGAAGCUUUUACCGCACCCCAGUCUUCGAAGCCCUGCAGCGAACGAACGGUGCACCAAAUGGCGGCCACUUUUCACUAUGCCAAACAGUAUAGCUGGUCAAACAUUAAGCGUGCCAAACAGCCAGCAUUUCUACCUAUUGCUACUCAUGAUGAAGAUGAGCGUGGCUCAAGCGAAGGCUUACUAGAAAAGGGCUCUGCAGACUCGUCGCGCGCAACUCCAAGACCAUUGUGGAAGGAUCCAGCAUUCCUCAUUUUUCAAGGGGUUCUGUUGAGUUUCUAUCUAUUGGUUUUGUCUCUGGUGGCGGCCAGCAAAGUGCCUUCUUGCUCUGACGCACAUGGAAGAUCAUAUUCGCCAGCGGCAAGCAUCAUCGAAUGGAGAGACACAAAAUUCACACUCGAGGACCACAUUCAAGAUUUGAGCAUCUACUCAGGUGCCCCGUCGCCGGAGCUCGACAAGGCUUGGCAUGAUCUGCUGAACAGCCAGAAUGUUCAAGUAGCACCCGAAUAUUACAAGCACUAUGGUCGCGAAAAAAUUGGCGUCGCCGUACCAGGAAGCGACCACUACAUUGGCACUUUGAACGUCUUUCACGAGCUGCAUUGCAUAAAGAGACUACACCAAUUCAUGUAUACAGACUAUUAUUUUCCCGACUUUACUGAGCAUCAACUGGAAAUGAACAGGCUGCACAACGAGCAUUGCCUUGACUUUUUACGACAGUCUGCCAUGUGCCACGGCGAUAUCGGCCUGAUUACAUACAUCUGGAGACAAGAUAGCCUGCAACCCGUCGUCAACGCGACAUCGCAUCAGUGCGUAAACUGGGAGAAGCUCUAUGACUGGAGCCAAGACCGCGCCGUCGACAUGCUCAAGCCAGGGUGGCUAAUCCAUCCGACAAAGGGGGUGGUGUAUCCAAACGGUGAAGGGGACCGGAUCGGGGCCAUUGACAAAGAGUUACACCAUAGCUCGGUGCAAAUUGCUUAA